GUGUAAGAUAUGUCCCACGCGCGUCUAGAACGAAGUCGGUGAACCACACCCUACCUCUUCUUCCAUGUUACAAAUUCCAAUGCCUGUGUCUAUUCUAUAUAUACAUACAUGCCACUCAGUUCUCUCUUCAUGUAAAAGUUCUGUUUUGAGCGAAAUUUAGACACUUACAUACUCCAAAUAUAGCAAUAUAUACAUACAAAUAUAUAUAUAGAGAGAGUGAGAGAAGGAAAUGGAGACGAAGAUGGAAGCCAUGGAGAAGGGAGAUGAGAAAGUGGAAGAAAUCAAAGAGCUCAACUACAGAGGAGUUAGAGCCAUGCCUUAUGUUAUAGGAAAUGAGACAUUUGAGAAGCUAGGAACCAUCGGGACAUCGACAAAUCUACUCGUAUAUCUAACGACAAUAUUUAAUAUGAAGUCGAUAACAGCUACUAAUCUCAUCUACGUAUUUAAUGGUACUUGCAACUUUGGUACGCUUAUUGGAGCUUUUCUAUCCGACACUUAUUUCGGUCGAUACAAGGUCUUGGGGUUUGCAUCCGUAUCAUCUUUCACGGGAAUGCUUGUGCUGACGUUAACCGCAGCAGUCACAAAGCUUCAUCCUCCUCAUUGUGUCGAAGCUCCAUGCGUCGGAGCAACGCCCUGGCAAAUGGCUUUCUUGUUGACCGGUUUCUUGUUUCUGAUCAUCGGAGCAAGCGGAAUCCGGCCAUGUAACUUAGCCUUCGGCGCCGACCAAUUCAAUCCGAACACAGAAUCCGGCCAACGGGGAAUCGCAAGUUUCUUCAACUGGUACUACUUCACCUUCACGUUCGCCAUGAUGGUAUCAUUGACAGUUAUCGUCUACAUUCAAGCAGAUAUUAACUGGGCAAUCGGAUUAGCCAUUCCAACGUUCCUUAUGUUCUUGUCAUGCGCUGUGUUUUUUAUCGGCACGAAUAUAUACGUCAAAGUGUUGCCGGACGGCAGCCCUUUAACAAGCAUAUGUCAAGUCCUCGUCGCCACCGUGAAGAAGCGGGAUCUAGCGUUUCCCGAUGAACCUGCAACCUCACUCUUCAAUCACAUUUCUUCCAAAUCCAUCAACUCAAAACUUCCUUACAGCAAACAACUCAGGUUUCUAAAUAAAGCAGCGAUCAUUACUUCGGAAGAUAUAGUUAACUCCGAUGGGUCUUCUGGAAACCGGUGGACGCUUUGUAGUAUACAACAAAUAGAAGAAGUGAAAUGUGUGAUUAAAACUAUUCCGAUUUGGGUAUCUUGCAUAAUCUACAAUGUUUCAAUUAACCAAAUGCAAACGUACACAGUCUUUCAAGCCUUACAAUCCGAUCGGCGACUCAGGCCAAGUUCAUUUCAAGUUCCGGCGGCGUCAUACACCGUCUUCCAAAUGCUUGCUCUCACAAUAUGGAUCCCAAUCUACGACCAAAUAGUAGUUCCAUGUCUCCGGAGAAUAACACACAAACGACAAGGGAUUUCUCUUCUCCAAAGAAUAGGAGUCGGAGCAGGUAUCGCCAUUAUAACGAUGCUUGUUGCAGGUUUGGUAGAAACGAAAAGAAGAGAUGAGGCACAUUCAAUGCCAACAGUUGGGUUUGAAAAGGGAAAAGGUGCGAUUUCAUCAAUGCCGGGUUACUGGUUAAUAUUUCAGUUAUCAAUAGCUGGGCUCUCCGAAGCGUUUGCGGUAAUUGGAUUGGUUGAGUUUUUCUACAAACAGUUUCCUGAAAACAUGAGAAGUUUCGCAGGACGACUCGUGAAGGUGGGUCGAGAAAUUGCAAAAUGGUAUAAAUACAAAGGAGCCGGAGAUGAAGCCGAUGAUGUGCCAUUAGAAGAAAUGCCUGCCGAGAAACAUAUCGCUUAA